GUCACUCAGUUGCCAGCCGGUGGCCCCACUCACAAGGCAGUACGUACUCAGUUGAUACAGCUCACUCUAGUGGUACUGUCACUCUCUUACUGCUAUCGUCUCUAAUAGGACAGACGGGAAAAAUGCCUUUUGUAUUCCUCAGAACCAAUUUACCUGAUGAAAAGUUAUCAAAAGAAUUCCACCUCCAGUUGGCAGCGAAAGUGGGAGAAGCUUUAGGUAAAUCUGUGGAGAAAGUGUCGCUGACAAUUGAGACGAACCUUCGCAUGACGCGAGGCACCAGCUUCGACCCCUUGUGUGAACUACACAUCUGCUCCAUCGGCCUCAGCACUCGUGAGCAGACCGUCCCGCUCACCAAGACCAUGACGGAGUUCCUGGAGGAGCACACCGGCAUACCCCGAUCCAAACUGAUUAUGAGCUUCAUGCCGAUCCUUCCUCACCUUGUUGCUAUCAACGGUCAUGUAGUGCAGUGACAGUGUGGCCACCAGCAAGCAGUAUGGAGGAGUGACGCUCUGAACAUCACCUGAACACUGGCUUGUCGCUUCCACCCUCACCACUAUACAUAUAUACUUGUUAAUAUUCUCUUAUAGCUGUUCACUGUUUGAUCAACCUAGUUACCGAGUGCUUCAGAAGAAUUAAGUACGGUGUAAACCUUCAUGAAACAAUUAUAUACAAAAAUACAAGAAUA